AUGGCUUUCGCGGAAUUGCUUGGACGGGAUGAUACCGGCAUGACGGGGAGACCGAUUGACAGGUCGGUCCAGAGGUGGAAUGUGGCUACCCAGAUCCUGUGUAUCGCGGCGAUGACGAUUUUCUUUGGACUGCGCUUGUAUACGCGGAUAUCUAUACUUGGAGGGUAUAGUAAAGAAGACUGGACAUGCUUGGGUGCUUGGAUCUUAGGCGUUUCCUACUCGGCUAUUGCACUGAUCAUGGGUCAUUUUGGAGGGGGGUUGCAUGCUUACGAUGUGCCUGAAUCACAUCGGAUACCAUUUGAAAAGACGGUGUACGUAACCAUGGUCAUGUAUGGGCCAACCGCCUACCUGACCAAGCUGUCGCUUCUCUGGAUCAUUGCACGGGUGUUUGGCCCCUUCCGCAAAGCGGUCACAUUUAUCCACAUCUUCCUGGGUGUCAUGCUGGCAUACUAUAUCCCAGCCGUCAUUGUCAAGAUCCGAAUGUGCAAUCCGAUUGCCAAGUUCUGGGCCCCCGACACGCCCGGCUCCUGUCUGGACCAGACGUCGAUUAUCCUGGCCGAUGCAGUUGUCAGCGUUGUCAGCGACAUGAUCAUCCUGAUUCUCCCAUUGCCGUUGACACUGCGCUUGCAGCUGCCCAUGAAGAAGAAAGUGCGGGUCAUGAUAAUCCUAGGAGCGGGAGGACUGGCAUGCGCAUCCAGUGUUGUCCGUUUGAUACUCAUUCUGAAGACUGGGCAGUCGAGCGACAGUACGUUAGCUUUUAUGCGCAUCAACAUGUUCGGGAAUGCCGAAAUAGCAAUCGGAGUCAUCUGCGCUUGCCUACCUGCCCUUUCGGCGUUGGUAACCCGCACAUACCGCGAGUACUCGAGCAACCGCUAUUCGAGCAACAAAGGCACCCCUGGCUCCCAGUACCAGUUGACCAAUGCGAAGAACAGUCGCCCCAGAUGCGGAGAUCACAGCGCGAACCAGUUGACCUUGAUGGAUACCAGCUCGGACCAUGACAUUCUCAUCCCGAAUGACGAGGAAGCGCCGAGGUUUGAGACGACGGUACGGGUCGACUCUGUGGGAGCUCAAAACCCGGUGGAGACGCUGGGCAUUAUGAAGACGGUGGACGUGUCGACAACCGUGACGAUGCGGGGAGCAGGGGGUCCGGAGGGGAUCGACAAAAAGGAGUCAUUAUAA